CUGCGCAAAUCAUGUUGUCGUUUCCUGCCCUGUGUGUAAGUGUGUGUGUGUGUGACAGUGUGUGUUUGGAAGAAAAUGUCAGUGUAGGUCUCUGAUCCUAAACAGAACACAGAUACUCUCAUCUCACCAACACGCCACAUGCCAAUAACUGGACGUCUUCCUUUCUCUUAGGCCAAUCAGACAGAGGGGAGGCGUCAGCGGUGUUUAAAUAGAAAUAUUUUGGACUGUAAGUGAACACAUCCGCUGUACGACUUUGAAGAGAAGAGAUACUGUGUUUUGCUCAUAAGAUUUCCUCUUUGUUUCUCCUGUUAUAACACAAUGAUGUUGUGUUGGAUUUUAAUACUUUCGAUCCUCCGAUUUUUAAAGGCAGAAGACAUUGAAAUUUACGCACAGGAAGGAGGAACUGUAACUCUGCCCCGAGACUCACAUGAAGGAGCUGUUGUCAAUACAGAAAAGGUUUAUGUGAACUGGUAUAGUGGGCCAGAAAAGACCCCUGUAAUCAGCAGAAACCCUCAAGCUGGAAUUCAACAGGGGAAAGAUAAAACAAGGUUCUCUAUGUCACCGGAUUUCUCUCUCCAAAUUUCACCAGUACAUGAAAGUGAUUUUGGACUUUUCAGCUGUGAACAACACAUAUUGGCACAAACUUAUACCAAGACCUACAGACUGCGUCGUGUGUCUGUAAAUAAACCACAGGCAGUGAUGGUAGGAGACCCCCUGUUUCUGAAAUGUACGCUGGAAAUGGGUCAAUUGAGCGGUAGAGCCAGUGUAAAGUGGACACCACCUAAAAGUUGUAACGUAAACAUUCAAGGGUCAAAUGGUGAAAUAACAGUGCCCAAAGUGCCCUUGUGUGCUAGUGGUGUUUGGACAUGCACUGUUAAGUAUGAUAAGGGAGAAGUCAAGGCAACGACGACUGCUUAUGUAAUAGAUCUCGCUGCUCCAUCAGAUCCCAUUUAUACCUCUGUCUCCAACUCCCCUUCAGUCAACAUUCCUUGUUCUUUAUCCGAUGACAUUCCCUGGGACCUCUUACGUGACCGUCUGCUGGGGGGUAGCUGGAGUUUCAGUCCUCUAAGCAAUGCAAACCAGCAACCAAAAGAAGUUCUCACCCUCCAUAUAAAUUCAACAAUUACAUGGAUCGCCACAAAGGACGCACCCAUCGAUGUCCAGCAGAGAGAGUUGAAAGACAAGGAUCUGUCCAUCAUUAAGCUGGAUGUGUCUGAGGCGAUCAGGGGGGAGUACACCUGUGCUCUCAACUUUAAAGGCAGGACUUUCAGCAAGAAAAUCAAGGUGGAGGUUUUGCAGGUUACAUCUACUGCUACACGUAGUCCUCUUAUCGAAGGCCAAAGGGUGAAUCUGUCAUGCUCAUUAGGACAUAAUACAACCCAUGAGGUGAAAUGGAGACGUCCAUCUGGUUCCACUCAUCCCCUUCUCAGCUCAUCUCCUCAUUCAGCAUUUCUGUCCUUCCUUGUGAGAAUGGAGGACAAAGGCAAAUGGACCUGUGAACUCUGGGACGGCCAGAAGUUUCUGACAUUUUCAGAGAUUUUUCUACGGAUUGAGAAAGCUCCGGUGGACAUCUGGCUUUGGGUUGCCAUCAGCAGUGGAAUUGUGGUCUUCAUCUUGCUUCUAGUUGUUAUCAUCAAAGCCAUUCGCAAACAUAAGCAGAUGUUGAUGUACAGACGACGAAAGACCAGAUUUUGCUGCUGCAAGAAUCCUAAUGAAACGGGAUUCUACAAGACCUAAAGAGACUUUUCAUGAUUGAUGAUCGGCUGCCUGACAAGAUUACACUCAUUAUUUCAUUGUAAAUAUUUGAUACAGAUACAAGGUGUAAAUAACACAAUAUAUGCUGUAAUUUGAAUGAAAGCUUUAUGCUUGAAAAGGGAACAUUGCAUCAUUAGAAUUAAAAAUGUAAAAUCAAGUGUAAUUGAAGCUCUAAAUGCUCACGUAUCUAUUGUAUACAUUUUUUUGUCCUGCAAUGCAAAACAUUUUCUGGACAAUCCUGCUGAUGUUGUUGUCAUUUUUUUUCUGUAAAUUUUUUUUGACUUCCAUAUUUACUUACCUCCUUAUACUCGUAUGGUUCUAUUAAAUUAAAAUAUAUUACGUUUACAUUUCCUCUGAUUUGCUUGUAUUUUAUUGUAAAUAAAUAAAAAUAUUAAGAAAUCUAAAAAAUAUGAAAUAACAAUAGUAUGAAAAUGUUAAUUAGGCAAUGCAUCAUGUACCCACCUCAACAAUUUGCCGACUUGGCAAUUAUUAUAAGAUUCUAUCUGAUAUUUUU